AUGAAGAGACCGGGAAUUCUUGUUUAUGAUUGUUAUUAUGUUAAACAUGCUAAUCCUUGGAAUUUAGGGAGUUUACUUGAAUAUGACAAUGAAAACCAAGCGAUCACAAAUGUAAAAUACAAAUUUUCUUAUUUGUCAGAAGAGGAAACUAUUGAAGAAUCCAUUUCAAUCACUCCACCCGCUUUAUCUACUUCAUUAACAUCAACCACGGAAGAAAUAGUUGAUAAUAACAUUGAAUCUGACCUUUGCAAACAAAAGGAAAAUAGUAUAUGCGGUUUUCAUGUACAUCAACCAAUAUGGAAUGAAUUAUGUUAUGGAAGAGGAUCGCAAAAGAAUCAUCCCGAGCUAAACACAUGUCCUUUUUUCAACUUUACAUAUUGCGUUUUCUUUGAAACUAUAAAUGGUUUUCCCAUCAAUACGCCUUCUGUGCCAAGAUGUUAUUGUAACAAACCAAUAGUUUUGAGAAGAAUCGGUGCGAAUAGUAAUAAUUUUGGAAAAUGGUUUAUGUCAUGUGCAAGUUACCAAAUACCAGGAGCAAGACCAAAAUGUGCAUGGUUUAAAUGGCCCGGAUUGGUUAAAUAUGAUAGUAAAGAUCAAUGUAGUCAUGAUGAUAUUUACAGAUUUGAACAAGUCUUGAUUAUUGAGGCAAGAUAUCAAAAAUGGCAAUAUGAAAAGAAUUUAGGAAAAAAUAUUCAAUCGAAAUACAAAUAUUAUAAUUCCCAAGCUGACAAAGAUUUAUCAAAUUAUUCAUUAAUGGUUAUGUCAGAACGCUAUACUGGAAUUCCAAAAACUUAUAUUGCUACUAGCUUUGCUGUUACCUUCUUUAUUUUGAUCUUUUUCAAUAUCGGUGGAGAAAUUUUCUCUAAUCUUAUUGGAUGGGUUUAUCCAGCUUUUGCUUCUUUUAAUGCUAUCGAACACGGCAGCAAGGCUGAUACUUCUCAAUGGUUAACUUAUUGGAUUAUAUAUGGAGCUUUUCACGUUGCAGAAUUUUUUUCUAAUUACAUUGUUCGCUGGGUUCCUUCCUACUUUCUUGUCAAAACAAUAUUCCUUAUAUGGCUUUCCUUUCCAACGACUCAAGGCGCAAAAGUUAUUUACGAAAAAGCAGCUAGACCUAUUGUUUCAGAAUAUGAAAGCGGCGAUAAACUUAAUGAUUUUUUGUUUGCCAUACUUAAAAUAUCACCUUUUUACAAGAAAAAGUUUACUUAUCACAAACUUAUUCGCGGAUAUAAUUCAUCCUCAACAGAAAAUGGCUGGAUGGUUUCCGGUUCACCUUGGCCAGUAGUACCUAAUCGACCAAGACAUAAUUCACCAUUUGGAAGUUUUGGACGUUCAUCAUCAUAUGAUUCAAGACCAUAUCAGAGCACAAUUGACAGUUUUAUAUUUUCUUUGGGUGAUGGACAAAAUAUAGCAAAUUCAAAGUUAAGUAGAGUCUUGCAGGAUAAUAUACAAUUUGCUGUGUGUUCUUCUCAGAGACUUGGUCCAUGUUUUGGACAAACAGAUUUGAGAAUGAAUGAUGGUUUUGACUUGCCAGCAAAAUGCACAUGUCAAUGUUAUGAUUAUGAUAAAGAAAUUUGUGAAACACAAAGUUUUUCAGUCGAAGAAUUUGAAGUUUUCCGAGUUGUAAAUAAAGAUGAUCCAGCAUUAAAUGCUCCAUCACCUGCUCAACAAAUACAAGUGCCUCGAGAAGUUCCAAAUUAUCCAACUGCUUGGGGUGAAUUUAUACAUUUUUAA